AUGGCUACUCUGAAGUGGGUUUGGCUGCUUUUGCUCUCGGUGGUGCAGGUGGCCCAAAGCGAUGAAACAGGCAGAAGUAAUUGGAUUGUGCCUGACGGAAGCAACGAGAAGGACUUCCAACAGACCUUCUACAAUGGGGAGAAAGUGCACCUCCAAUGGGCUGGCUGGGCCAGCUACUACACAGAUUCAUUGCUGGACGGCAGCCUCAAAGCAAACCUGUAUGUGGUUGCAUGGGAGGACAAAGACGCGGACUAUAUCAGACCACUUGCGUCUUCGUGGGACGUCUCGGGCUCUGGGUCGUACGACUGGACGGUCAACAUUGACAACGAAACCCUGGCAAAGAACCACAAGUACUGUGUUGUCUUUGCAGAAGAGGGCUAUAGCUAUUCCUACGACGGAUACAACAUCUUUUCCUCAAGCUUCCUCGUGCGGAACAGGCCUGCCCGUUCACGCACCCCAACCCCGGAGGCCGCAUCAUCCGGUGGGCUCCAGACGGGCGCGAAAGUUGCAAUAGGAGUUGGCGUUGCAAUCGGGGGUCUGGCUGUUUUGUCUGCGCCGGGCUUCUUCCUUUACAGACUGGGCCGACAACAGGAAGCAGGGGAAAAGAAAUGA